UUGUGACGUUGAGGAACUUACAAAUGUGGUUUCACAUGUGAGCUCUUCAGACAUUAGACGCAGCUCACUAGAGCAGAUCAUUAUUCUGUCAGAGACGUGCGCGCGUGUGUGUGUGUGUGAAGAGUGUUAACAGACUGCUUAUUGUGGAGGAUGAAGCUGCUCCAUGGACUGAUCCUGGCUGUGUCUGUCCUGGUUCUGGCUGCAGGACACAGUGUGGAAUCUGGAUGUCUGGACUUUGACUUUGAUUUGAGGAACUCCAAUAACAAGUGCUGUAAGAAGUGUAAACCAGGGAACCGUCUUGUCACUUCUUGUGGUCCAGAUGCAAACGCUUUGUGUACUCCGUGUGAAAAAGACACCUUUAUCACUGAUGGAAACCCAUGGGUGUGCAAGAUAUGUGAUAAGUGUUCAGGUAAAAACAGGCAGGUGAAGGUGAAUUGCACCGGCAGCAGUGACACAGUUUGUGAGUGUAAACCGGGAUAUCGAUGUGCUAAUGGCAAAUGCUCUAGCUGCAUCGAAGAGUGUGGCAAGGGACACCAGCCCAAUGCAGCAGGCUGUGAGCCAUGUCCUCCAGGGACAUACAAUGACAAGAUCCAUCAAUACUGCGUAAACUGGACCAAAUGUACGCAGCCAGACCAUCAAAUAAUUGUGCCUGGAAAUGCAUACACAGAUGUAAUCUGUGGCCCUAAACCAGACACCAAACCAGACAGCAAACCAACAGUGUUGCCAGCAAGUGACGCAGAAAGUGAGGUCACUGUUAUUCUCAUCAUCUUUGGGCUCACCAGCAUAGCAAUACCUGUUGCUACAAUCUUCUUCCUGGAGUGGAGAAGAAGAAAGGCCACUCAGAAACCCCAUGUCGAAAAGGAAACUCUUCCAGCAGGAGGACAGACUCAGAUCUCUCUUCUUGAUGAGCCCAGCUUCUGUUUUCCUCAGCAGGAACACGGCGGUAGCAAUCAGAGUUCAACGGCCUCGCUGGUCUCACAGGAUAUUGGGCCUUUGGAAGCAUGAACUUGUGUUGUGUAGCAAGCUGAACAUAAAUGAGCAUUUUUUGUAGUUAUAUGUAUAAUGUCUAAUGUGUAAUUUAUUUACUGAAUUCUACUGGAAUCCUGUCAUUAAAACUGUAUUCAUGAUGUUUGUGACAUUUUGUUGCCACUAAAAAGUAGCUUAAGUAUUUAAGAUGUUGAAUGUACCAUGUUUUCAUAUUAUGCCCAUGUUCUGAAACAAUAAAUGUUAUACUUGGUUUACUGCUAAGAAGCAAACCUUU